AGUGGUUACUGUCAUCUCGAAUUCCUAGUUGCGACUUGUGCUGCAACUAUCUCUCGCUCUGUUUUCUUGCCCAGUUGGAGGAGUUCCUGUUCUUUGGCAAACCCUAGAUAUGUGUGAUUCCAGCUAGGCAGAUGGAUGAGUCGUUGAAUAGUGUUUAGGGUUUCGAUUUGCGGAAACCCGAGUUCUCUGAUCGGAGGAUCAAUGCGAUUGUUUCAUGGGCAAUACAUGCCGGGGAACAUUCGGAAGCAAGUGCUUUCAGGGGUACGUGGAGUCGCAGAAACGUUCGGGAUCUAAUCGGAACUCCUAUUCCUUUUCCUCCGGCCAGGCGCCGGAAGAGGCGAGGAAGGAAUCGGUGAAGGCGGAACAGGUGAUUACUGGCGGCGGAGUGUUGGCGGAGGAGCAAGGGGGCGGCUUGAUGAAUCGAGGCAUGGAUCCGCAGUGGAGCUUCGUGCUCGGUCACAUGACAGCUAACAUCCGCGAUCUGUACACUCUUGGUCGGAAAUUAGGGCAGGGGCAGUUCGGAACGACUUAUCUUUGCACGGAGAUCGCCACAGGGGUGGAGUACGCCUGCAAGUCGAUUUCGAAGAGGAAGCUGAUCGCGAAGGAGGAUGUGGAAGAUGUCCGCCGGGAGAUCCAGAUAAUGCAUCAUCUCUCCGAUCAUAAGAACGUGGUCCAUAUUAAGGGCGCUUACGAGGAUCCCCUCUAUGUGCACAUCGUCAUGGAGCUCUGUGGCGGAGGAGAGCUAUUCGAUCGUAUCAUUGAAAGGGGGCAUUACAGCGAGAGGAAGGCCGCUGAGCUCACGAAGAUUAUUGUAGGAGUCGUAGAGGCUUGUCAUUCGCUUGGGGUAAUGCAUAGGGAUCUUAAACCGGAGAAUUUCCUGCUUGCUAACAAAGAUGAUGACUUGUCUCUCAAAGCCAUCGAUUUUGGGCUUUCCGUAUUCUUCAAGCCGGGCCAGAUCUUUACAGAGGUGGUAGGGAGCCCAUAUUACGUAGCUCCUGAGGUGUUGUGCAAGCACUAUGGCCCAGAAGCUGAUGUCUGGACCGCCGGUGUCAUACUAUAUAUUUUGUUGAGUGGCGUGCCUCCUUUUUGGGCCGAAACACAACAAGGUAUAUUUGAUGCAGUUCUGAAGGGCCAUAUUGAUUUUGUAUCGGAACCUUGGCCCAUAAUAUCUGAUAGUGCUAAGGACCUUAUUAGAAAAAUGCUUUGCCCCCAUCCUCAAGAUCGCCUAACGGCCCAUCAAGUAUUAUGUCAUCCUUGGAUUUGUGAGAAUGGGGUUGCUCCUGAUCAAGCUCUGGAUUCUGCAGUCCUAUCUCGUCUUAAGCAGUUUUCAGCAAUGAAUAAAUUGAAGAAGAUGGCUCUUCGAGUUAUAGCUGAAAGCCUCUCGGAAGAGGAAAUUGCAGGAUUACGAGAAAUGUUCAUAGCUAUGGACACAGAUAGUAGUGGGGCAAUUUCAUUUGAUGAACUGAAGGCUGGUCUCAGAAGAUAUGGCUCAACAUUAAAAGAUACAGAGAUCCGUGAUCUUAUGGAUGCAGCUGAUGUUGACAAGAGUGGCACAAUUGAUUAUGGGGAGUUUAUUGCUGCCACCGUUCAUCUCAAUAAGCUGGAGCGUGAAGAACACUUAGUGGCAGCCUUCUCAUACUUCGAUAAGGAUAGAAGCGGGUACAUUACCGUUGACGAGCUUCAGCAAGCUUGUAAAGAGCACAACAUUGCUGAUGAGUUCAUUGAGGAUAUUAUUAAGGAAGUUGAUCAGGAUAAUGAUGGACGGAUCGACUAUAGCGAAUUUGUCACGAUGAUGCGAAAGGGUAAUAUGGGAAAUAUGGGACUUGGGCUUGGGAGGAGGACCAUAAGGAACAGUCUGAGAAUGAGCACUAGAGAGUGAGGAGAAGAAACCUCCAUGAACUAUACUAUGGUAUUGCCAGGAACCAUUGCCUUCAAUCUGGUUUGAGAGAUAUGAGAAGAAACAGAAGAACCCUUGAUGGUUCUGCCAAUUUGCAGCAAACUACCUUCUUUUUGCCUGAUUUGAGAGGGAAGACAUUGAGAAUUUCUGUAACUAUUUUAGUUAGAUUUUGUGUAGCAUUCUUAUUGAAAAUUUGCAGAUGAAGCAGGGGAUUGUUGUCCGGAAAGAACUGUGUUCAAGUUGUAGUUUUAAGAAAACAACUUCUAAUGUAAUAUGGAAUUGUGGAAUAAAUUGUGGAGGAGUUUUCCGGAAAGAGCUGUGUCACAGUCUUAC